AUGAAAUCCAUUACCAAGACUAUCGUUCUCCUCCUCUCCGCCGUUGCUCUCACUAGCGCUUCUCCCUGCAGGAGCAACACGAGCUGCAACAGUUGUUUGAAUGACAGUGCCAACUGCGCCUGGUUUGACGGUGCCUGUGAGGCCGAUUGCUUUGCCAUUGCCGAUGCCAGCUGCUACGCUCCAUCCAACUUUCCGCAACUCGAUUCCCAACAAAUUUGUUGGUUGUACCAGACGGACAAGACGAAUGAAGCUCGCUGCUCCAAACCGACCAACUGUGGUGAUUGUACCACAACUCAGAAAGUGGACGACAGUGGAGCUUGCACAUGGUAUACCGGUGCCCAUGGCGGCUGGUGUGGAGCUGGAGGUUGCACGUGGGGUGGAAAGUGUGGAGUUUCCAAACCUGAGGGUUGCCGUGCCCACAGGGCCCUUGGCAAUGGAUUGGUUCUCUAG